UCUGCCUACUGACACGAUUUAAAGACGUCAUUCCGCUCAGCAAAACUGCGUGAUGGGGCUGUGCUGCAGCAUUGUAUUUUGUCGCUGCACAGCCUCGCGAGCAUUCUCUACAGUACCAUGUAGUACAGCGGAUACCCCGAUGAUUAUAGACGGUAUGGAACUAUUCAGCACUGUUCGAAGCUGCAGUGGACCCCAGGUGGUUUGACGCUCCAUUGUAACCAUUAACCAUUCCCUAUACGAGACUGGCAGCUCGGCAAAGUGCUCACGAUCAGCGGGUCUCAGCUGAAAAGAUCCCCGCCAGAUCGUCAUGCCAUCAUAGCCUUUCCUCCAAAUUAACGUUACCUAAAAUCGAGUCUUUAUCUCCGUUGCUCAGCCAGUACAGCUUCGACAGGUAUUUGGCUAAAAACACCUAUCAACCCCAACAGCGCCAUGGGCGGCCGAAGCCAAGAUCUCUGGCUGUCCGCCAUGGACAAGCUGGAUGACGCUGAUAAGCAACGUCUCAUCACAUUUGGCGAUAUCACCAGCCCCAGCCAGCGACUCGACGUGCUCGACGGAUUUGGGCAGACGACGCGGGAAGCCUACGAGAUAUGUGUUCGUAAACGAUGGUCUUUCAAAUUACCCGGAGAACAGGGAAAGAGGAUCAUCGUGCGCGACCUCAUCGGAAAGAUCACGCACUGGCUCGAGGUGUUUAAGGGCAUCGGAGACCAGGCUGUCAACUUCGAUCCGGCAUUUGCUGCGCUUCCUUGGGCAGGGGCACGGUUCUUGCUGCAGAUAGCGAUCAAUGACUUUGCAAAAUUCGAUUUCGUUGUCGAGGCCGCAGAGAGGAUAUCAAGGAUGACUUCUCGCUAUAGGAUUAUUGAAAAGCUGUAUUUGCGACGUGCCUCUGAAGCCACUGGGCAGCUGGAGCAGGCCUUGGUCACACUUUAUGCUACGACGCUCACGUAUCUAGCCAAGGCAAAACGAUAUUUCGAGGAGAAUACUGCCCUUCGUAUCUUGCAUAGUGGGCUUCUGGCUAAGAGUGACCUCCAUGACCUGCUGAAUAAACUGGAAAGCCAUGAGAAGGAAGCAGACCGCUGCACCCUCUUGGUCGAGGCAGAAGUGAACAAGGACGCUGCAGCUCAGAUUGCAGACCUUUCACUGGAAAUAAAACAAAUAUCGGCUUUGAGGGAGGCACUGGUCAGGAUAGACCGGCCUAUCUUGAACAUGUCGCAUCAGCUGGACAGGGUGGAAGAUCAUCUUGACAACUUACAACGAAGGGAAAUACUCGACUGGAUAUCGUCGCAGCGAUACGGGGACUACCACCGGGCUAUCAAAGACAGAGUCCUGGAGGGAACUUGCGGCUGGAUCGUUCAGCAUCCUGAAUUCAUGAAAUGGAAUGCUGACAGCACAAGCUCGCUUCUCUGGCUACAUGGUACACAAGGAGUUGGAAAGAGCUGCUUGACCUCUGUAAUUAUCGAGGACUGUAUGCAGUUUGCUCGCCUGGAUCGAAGCUGUGCCCUGGCUUACUUCUACUGCUCGCGCAAUACAUCGGAGCCCCAACGGGCAGAUCCCCAGAGGAUACUGGCAUGUAUUGCGCGUCAGCUCUCCAGCGCCUCUCCUGACCAUCCCAUUGCCCCCGCGACGCUUGCAUUGUAUGACAGGUUGCGUUCGGUCGAUGGAUCUAGAGAAGUCUUGACUAUGUCUGAGCUCGUUGAGCUCAUCCUUGAGCUCACGAACCUUUAUUCGAGAACUACUGUCAUAUUGGACGCGCUGGACGAGUGCGAUCCGGAGACAAGAUGGAAACUAGUCGAUGCACUGAAUGAUAUCGUGGCUGAUUCCACUGGCCUCGUCAAGGUGUUCAUUAGCUCUCGCGAAGAAGGCGACUUGCGAUUAUCGAUCCAGGACCAUACUGGCGUCCAGAUGACAGCUUUGGAGAAUAACAAAGAUAUCCAGAAGUUUGUCGAGAUCGAAGCAGAGAGAAUGGUUAGCAAAAGACAGAUACUCGGUCGUGUCAAGCAGCCCUCCACGAAAGAGGACCUCAAACAGCUGAUAAAACAAGAUGUUGUUUCCAAGGCGAACGGAAUGUUCCGAUGGGCCGAAUUGCAGCUGGCAAGCCUUCGAGGGAUUCAGUUCGAAAAGGACAUCCGAUAUGAGCUGUCCCGUAUCCCUCGCGACUUGGAUAUUCUGUACGAGGACCUCUAUCAGAAGGCAUUUGGCUGCGCCAAAGGCACAGCUCGAGCCGUAAUGCAAAAUGCUCUGAAGUGGCUGCUAUGUUCUCGAAGUACUCUCCCCCAAAAGGAUUUCCUAAAGGCUAUCACGACAUUCCUAGAUGUCGAUGCUGAUGAAUUCGACGAAGACCUUAUCUUGGACCUUCUGAGCAACUUUGUCGUCAGCUAUACGACCGAGUCAGGCGUGGAGAGCUUUCAAUUCGCCCACCUGUCAGUCCGAGAGUUCCUGGAGGGGAAACCUGAAUAUAGCGUUCAAAGCAGUAAUUCAUUUGCUGCGGAGGUGUCUCUGCUCACAUUGAUCGGGUGUUCUGGGUCUCCCAACGCUAGUCGGUUCAUUCAAGAGCUAGGGCUUGAUACUUCGACUUUCAUACCCUUUUCAGAUGUCGAAUCCCAUGCAAGGGGCAUCCACGACUAUUGCAUCAGGUUUUGGGGUGACCAUUGUGAUCUUGCUGGUGCAGACAAUCGAGCAGAAGGCAGUAAACAUCUGCAUACCCUGCUGCAUUAUUUUCUGUUUGAUGACUCCGAUGAAAGCUGCCCUCUAAGUCGCUGGUGGCGGUCUUAUCCUCGCUUUCUGAGUAGGAGGAGCCGGUCUAGCGCACAUAUGAGGCAUUUCUUCGACGACCAUGAGCGACCUUGCGACCGAGCCCUAUACCUGGCCUGUUGCUAUGGAUUUGUCGAGAUUGUUGCCAUGGAAAGACAUGAAGCAUUCAAUGCCCAUUUGCAGACCGAGUGUGCCAUGGCCGCAGCCACCCACCACCAGCAUUCUGUUCUCAGGUCUCUUCUUGAUCCCAAGAGCGACAGUCCUCUGCUCCAAGAUGUGCUAUCCCGGAUGGUCGCACUGCGUGACGCCAACGGUGUCCGCGAAUUCCUGCCACUGCUGGAGCCCUCAAAAGUGACCGUACACAUGUUAUCGCUGGCAGGGAGCCCGGAGGUUGUUUCAAUGCUACUGGACCAUAACAGGGGCCUUCAAGUCACUACAAAAAUGGCCGAAAACUAUGGUUGGGCCAAUGAUACCGUCAGCGCCUACCUUGCUCGCGCGCCAGACUUGGAGAUCACGACGGGAAUACUCCAGAACGCUGUUGGAAGCAUGGAUUUUGAGGCUUUCAAGCGUCUUGUUGACCGCGCGGACCCCGCGAUCAUUACCUGCCAUGUUAUCGCAGAGGCCGUGUUCAAGGAGCACUUAGGCCCGCACGUAAUACCAAUGACUGAGCUGCUCCUCGAGCGUGCGGGGAACAUUGAAGUCACAGAGGAUGCCAUGAUGCAGGCCGUCGCCAACAACAGAAACCCCAAGACGUUAAAGAAGCUUAUUGAACGAGGCUGGCCCUUGAGUCCACACAUUAUUGAAUUCUGUGCCCUGCAAGCGACCAAGGAGACAUUCCAGGUUCUCUCCGAGGCCAGUUGUACAGAGAUCUCACCUCGUCUGCUUGAGCUAGCCGCGGCCAAUGUGGCAGACGGGGACACGAUAGUCCAGCUUCUCAUGGCCCUCUUAGAUGGUACAGUCGAUAACGAAACCUGGAGCAGGAUGUUGGUUAGGUGUGCUCGCAAUACUUCCCGAGGUUUGCAGACCAUGGACAUGCUCCUUCGCCUCAAACCAAACACGAAGGUCGUAGAGAAAGUGUUCCUGGCUGCCUUGGCCAUGAACUGGGACGACCAUGGCAUGUUUAACCGCAUCCUGGAUGGCAAUCGGGAAUUGGAAAUCACUGAUAACGUUGUUCGAUGCGCCUUGGAGCGGCUGAGGUACGAUGAAGCCAUCAGGAAGAUCCUAGAUCGUCAUGGCUGUGCGAUUAUCUCCUGUGACAUGAUGCUCGGGGCAGUGCGUAACCGUCUAUAUGGAGACGAGAUGACCAAGCUGCUGCUACAUCGAGACAGUAUGCUGGAGCAGCCCUCUGCAGAGGUUAGAACUGCAGUCAUCUGCAACGAUCAUUCCGGCUAUGAAAUACUACAAAUGCUUGAGCGCCGGUUUGGACAGUUUACGUUCACUGACGCAGACCUGAAAAGCGCCGCAUCGGGGAGUCUUAAAAUGUUGAAACUCGUUCUCAGUCGCUGUGGGAUAUCGCGUAUUCCUGACUCCGUUUUGCAGGUUGCAGUAUCCCGCGCGCACUUGGACGUCCUCAAACAUCUCCUCCAGCUGUACGAUGGUCCUAUAACCCGUGAGAUGGUGGUCGCGGCAGCCGGAAAUGAAGGAAGUGGCGCCGAGAAGUUCAAACUCGUCUGGAACCUUGCGCCAGAGGUCAAGCCCUGUCCUGAGAUGUUUAUUGAAGCAGCAGCAAACUUAUGGGAUGACAAUCUCAAUCUCAUAAUGGAUCGGGUUGAGGACGAAAGCUUAUAUCAGACUGUCCUGGAUGCGGCCGUGAAGUCAAGCACCAGCUGUUACGCCAUCGUGCGUACUUUUCUCGACAGAGGUGUCCCUAUCCACAUUUCCAGCCAGACGGUUAUGGAUGCCAUGGGGUCAGGAAAUGGCAGAAUGCUAUAUCUUCUGUUGAAUGACAUGGCUGGGUUCAGGAUAACGCAAGACAUUGUUGACCUCGCUGUCAAGCGUGAAGACCUCGACUCCCUACUCAUUCUAUAUAAGCAGGGCAGCUCUAUGGAAUUGGAUUUACAAGGAGUGCAGCAGCGGGUGGCCAACUAUUUGAAAACAGCCUGGUCGGAGGAGUUCGAUAUGCAUGGUUAAGACGCCGAUAUGCAAGAUGUUACGGCAAUAUCAAGCUGUGUUUGUAUAGCAUUAUUAACCAUAAUAACCGUAUUAUUUAAAACUCAAUCUUAGGCAUGCUAUUAACAAUGGUGCCAAUCCAACGUUAUUAAACACGCGGCGAAAAGCACAAGAAAGGGAAUUCAUAAGAUGAUGGCGUAUCAGACAUUUCUAUCGUCGUGCUUCUCGGUCUCAGGGUUGAAGCUGCUGUCUGAGGG